CAGUUUUGUGAUUGUGUCAAAAAUACAGGGUUUUAUUGUUGCAUUUGCAAUUUAAUCCGAUAAAUAUAUAUUUGGCGUGGAGUUAUGCACGAGACGUCGUUGCCAGCGAUUAGAGAGCCGAGCGGCCACACGUGUAUGUGUUUCACUGGCGGUGCGUGCGCCAACUCCGCCAAAAAGCGUACUACUUUUAACCUUAGUUGACAUUGAAAUGUACCCGCUUAGUUGGAUGUCCACGAUGUUGGCAUUCGUCGUUAUUAAUUAAAUCAGCCGCCAACAGCUGAGCGAGAGAGCAAUAGAGAGCAACAGAGAGGGAGAGCGACAGGAGAGGAUCCCACUUUCAAUCGAAUCCGAAUCCGGGAAUCGAAAAUCGGAGCAGCGCAGUCGGCAGCGCAGUUAGCAGAGGCUUGAUUCCAACCUGCCGUUUCGGCAGCCGGCAAGAUUUCACUAGAUCUAAUGGCCAAGGACGAGGAGGAUGACCUGCUGCCCGACAAGGAUGCGGCCAAGGGCUUCUAUGCCAAAUACGAGCCCAAGGAGAUUCUGGGCAGGGGCAUCAGUUCGACCGUGAGGCGAUGCAUCGAAAAGGAGACGGGCAAGGAGUUCGCCGCCAAGAUAAUCGACUUGGGUGCCACCACAGAGGCGGGCGAGACGAAUCCAUAUCACAUGCUGGAGGCAACCAGACAAGAAAUCUCAAUACUGCGCCAGGUUAUGGGACAUCCCUACAUAAUUGAUCUGCAGGAUGUGUUUGAGUCAGAUGCAUUUGUUUUCCUCGUGUUCGAGCUGUGUCCGAAAGGCGAGCUCUUCGACUAUCUGACCUCUGUGGUGACGCUCUCCGAGAAGAAGACGCGCACCAUUAUGCGACAGAUCUUCGAGGGCGUCGAGUAUAUACACGCCAAGAACAUUGUCCAUCGGGAUCUGAAGCCCGAGAACAUCUUGCUGGACGAGAACCACAACGUAAAGAUCACGGACUUUGGCUUCGCCAGGCAGCUGCAAGAGGGCGAGAAACUUACAGAUCUGUGCGGAACGCCGGGAUAUUUGGCGCCCGAAACGCUCAAGUGCAACAUGUUCGAAGGAUCCCCCGGCUAUUCGCAGGAAGUGGACAUAUGGGCCUGUGGCGUGAUUAUGUUCACGCUGCUCGUCGGUUGUCCACCUUUCUGGCACCGCAAGCAGAUGGUCAUGCUGCGGAAUAUCAUGGAGGGCAAGUACAGCUUCACCUCGCCGGAGUGGGCUGAUAUUUCAGAGGAUCCCAAGGAUCUGAUACGCAAAUGUCUAGUCGUUGAUCCCGCGCAACGUAUCACCGUCAAGGAAGUAUUAAGACAUCCAUUCUUCAACCAAAUGCUGUUCGAGCAAAACAUUGAUGGCCUCAAGCGCAGCCUGUCGACCAAGUCCCGACGAAUGAGUCGCAUCACUGAGAUCGCACUGGUGUUAAUGGGUGACCGCCGGCACACGGCCCCGCCCAUCGCGGCCGCCCACUCGAGCAGCAGGUACCUGUUCAAUACAGAGGCGUCAUCAUACCGCUUUGGGCAGCUAAACAGUUGCAGUGGCGGUGGCAGUGGCAGUGGCGCCCCCAAUUAUCUGUACUGUGCGCCACAGAGCUCCUACUCGUCGAAUCGAAUGCGGGAUGGGCCGCUGGACGAUGCAGCUGCCAGUGCAUCCGCCACCUGCCAUGCCCAUGCCAUGUCAUCCAACGCCUCCACCUACGCCAGCAAUGCCAACAGCAACGCCAACGCCGCCACGAACUCGGCAAUGGCAUCUAGCUCCUUGGCAUCCGCCUCCUCACACAAAACGCUCACGGCGACGGUCUACUAUCAGCAGCAGCCGCAACAGCAUCAGACGCAGCAGCAGCAGCAGUAUCAGCAGCAGCAACAGACGACGCAACUGCCGGUGCCGAUGCCGAUGCCGGUGCAGUUGCAGUUGCAACAUCCACAAUUGCAGACCGGUGGCGAUGGCAAGCAAUCGGUGUAUGCACCUCCUACAGUGCAGCUGCGCAAACAGAGUCGCUUCAACGCGCGCAAAAAGUUCCAAUUCGCCAUACUCGUGAUACGGGCCGUCAUCCGGAUACGGCGCCUGCGCUUCACCGCCGAGCCGCUUCACGUUGAGGAGGCCAUCCGGGAUCCGUAUCGCGUCAAGGUUCUGCGCAAGGUCAUCGAUGGCUGUGCCUUCCGUGUCUACGGACAUUGGGUUAAGAAGGGCGAGGGCCAGAAUCGGGCCGCCCUCUUCGAGAAUACUCCGCGCACCGAGCUGCACGCGCUCUACAUCAACAAUCUCAGCCGAUAGGAGGCGGUCGGGCGGCGGGGCGUGGUCGCUGAGCUACAUAAGCACACACAAAAAAAACACACACACACACACAAAAAACACCCACAAAGAACACCCACACUCACAGCAAAACAGCAGAAAAAAUAAGCGAAACCCAAGCUCUAGCAAGCAAGCAACCAAGAAACGAAUUAGCAAAAGUUACUAUGAAAAACAGGAAAUUGCAAUUGCAAUGGAAGAAAGAGAUAGAGACACACCAAAAAGGAUGCAAUCUAACCAUUCGGAUUCGCCUCGUUCUGGACGGAGAGCCAACUAGUAACAUUACCUCUCUGCCUUCUUCGUCCUUGUGAUUUUGUUUAAAUACCUUUUUUUUUUUUAAAAAUUGUAUUUCAUUUUAUUAUGUCUUAUGCGCCAGCCAUCUAGUGUAAUCAGUUAGUAGUGUAGCGUCGAAUCGGGCCAUAUAUCAUAACCAUGCCCAGUGGUGGUGUACCAUAUAACCCGACGCCAGAACGAGCCGAAUCGGAUAUUGGAUAUUGGAUAUUGGAUAGUGGAUAUCGGAUAUAGAUGAGAUAGGUAGCUAGGUAGAUCCAAACCUGGUCUCACCAUCCUCCAUCCUCCA